AUGCAGAUUGUCUGUUUGGGACUGCUCCUUCUCAGUGUGACCUGGGCAGCACCAGCAUUGCAACCACAGACUGAGAAAACUGAGCAAGACUGUGUGGAAGAACAGAGGAUAACGUACAAGGGCCACCAUGAGAAACAUGGGUAUUAUAUUUUUAAGUAUGUUUACACAUCAUCUGGGAGGAAAAAUCAAACUGACAUAAAGAAGGAAGAAAAAAACAAAGACAAUAUUGCUGUUCACGUUUCCGGCAAGGGAAGAAAUCAAGAGCCAGCACCUAAAGAAAACAUUGCCCAGGAAAGAGAGAAAGACUUGUCUCUUCUUGGAGCCAAUGAAAGUAACCAAAGUAGUAAAUCUCAAACUCUUUUUGAAGAUAGACAGACAGUGAAGGAAGACUAUCGUAUUAGCAAAAAGGAAAAUGCCCGCAAUGACCUAAAGAUGUCCACAUAUCCUGAAUCCACCGGGAAUAAUGGAGCCAAGGAUGGAGAUGAUGCUGUCAGCAAACUCCAUGACCAAGAAGAAUACAGUGCCCCUCUCAUCAGAAAGAAUAUGCAGCACAUAAUGGAGCCAGGGACGGUGGUUGAACUCUUGGGGGAAGAAAACAAAGAGAACAAACCCAGGAAAGUUGUAAGCAAAAUUCCAGCAGGAGCGAGCUAUGCUAAAGGCCCCUCAAAAGAUAAAAAGAGUCAUCAAAAAGAUCCCCAAGCCCAGAAUAUUCCAGUAAAAAGCAAAAGCACCUACCAUAUCCAACACAGCACUGACUAUCUAAAACAGCUCCCAAAAGUCAAAAAAAUCCCCAGUGAUGUUGAAGGCAGUGGUUACCCAGAUCUUCAAGAGAGGGGGGACAAUGAUAUCUCUCCUUUCAGUGGAGAUGGGCAACCUUUUAAGGACAUAUCUGGUAAAGGAGAAGCUAUUGGUCCUGACCCAGAAGGUGCAGAUGUUCAAACAGAGUUCUCCGGCCCAAGUGAAGCUGAGACGAGUCAUCCUGACGCAAGAGGGCCAGGUUAUAACGAGAUCCCAGAGGAAGAAGAAAAUGGCGGAAAUGCCAUCGGAACCAGGGAUGGAACAGCAAAAGAGGCAAAUGCUGCUGGUGUGAGCCUAGUGGAGGGCAGCAACGACAUCAUAGGCAGCACUGAUUUUAAGAAGCUCCCUGGAAAAGAAGGAAACAGAGUGGAUGCCGGCAGCCAAAAUGCUCAUCAAGGGCAAGUCGAGUUUCAUUACCCUGAUCCACCCUCAAAAGAGAAAAGAAAAGAAGGCACUAGUGAUGUAACUGAAAGUACUAAUUAUAAUGAAGUUCCAAAAAAUGGCAAAGAUAGUGGUAGGAAAAGUCCAGAACAUUCUAAUAGGAAUCAAGUGACCUCAAAUGAAAAACAAAGAUUUCCUGGUAAGAGCAAAAGUCAGGGCCGGUUCACCCCUUCUCGUGGUCUUGAUCAUGAAAUUAAAAAUGAAAUUGGUUCCCAUAAUGUCCCCAAUAAUGAGGGGACUAUAACACACAGCAGAAAAUAUCAUUAUGUGCCCCACGGACAAAAUAACUCUUCAGGGAAUAAGGGUAUGGCACAAAGGAAAGGUCCCUGGGAUUACAGAAAACCCCAUCCCAAUAGAAGCUUUAGUCACCCUAGAAAGCGUGACAGCAGUGAGUCAUCUGACAGUGACAGUUCAAGUGAGAGCGAUGGUGACUAG